AUAUAAUAAUACAUAAUAUUAAUUUGUAAACAAAUAGCUUUAAAGUAAGAAAUACAUUACUUUUAGUGCAACAACUGAACAACCCUUAGACCGUUAAGGCACUCUUUUUUCUCACAUUUUAUUUCCCCCCACUUUAUACCUAAAUUCCAAACUCUAUAAAUAGCCUUCAAACUUCUCUUCUUUUUCUUAUCUCAAAUUUCAAAAAUUAAAAACCAACAAAAACAAAAAUGGGGUUUAAGUUUUUUCAUAAAUUUAGUUAUUUUGUUGUUCUUUUUUGUCUAUUGAAUUUACAAUCAUUAACAAAUGCUAAACCAAACCAUAAACAACAAGAACACUUUAAGUUAUCAUCUACCACAACAUUUCCAAAACUUCAAGCAGAGAGACUUAUAAGGCAACUUAACUUAUUCCCAAAACACCCUUAUAACCACCACGACGAUGUCGAAACCGGGUUAUCGGUUUCGGAAUCGGGUUUGGUAGAGAAGAGGUUUAAGAUAUCCGAAUUGGGUGGUGACCCGGGUACUAGUGUUGAGGAUUUGGGUCAUCAUGCAGGGUAUUAUCGUCUUCCUCAUUCUAAAGAUGCCAGGAUGUUCUACUUCUUCUUUGAAUCACGAAAUCGCAAGGAUGAUCCCGUCGUGAUUUGGUUGACAGGAGGACCAGGGUGCAGCAGUGAGCUAGCUCUAUUCUAUGAGAAUGGACCUUAUCAAAUUGCCAACAAUAUGUCUCUGAUUUGGAAUGAUUAUGGUUGGGAUAAGGCUUCUAAUCUCAUCUACGUCGACCAGCCAAUAGGAACAGGCUUUAGUUACACUUCCAAUUCUGGUGACAUUCGACACGACGAGAAUGGUGUUAGCAAUGACUUGUACGACUUCCUGCAGGCUUUCUUUAAGGCGCAUCCUCAGUAUGCCAAGAAUGACUUCUAUAUCACUGGAGAAUCUUAUGCUGGGCACUACAUCCCUGCCUUUGCUGCUAGAGUUCACAACGGAAACAAGGCUAAAGAAGGACUUCCCAUAAAUCUCAAGGGUUUUGCAAUUGGUAACGGCCUCACCCAUCCAGAAAUUCAAUACAAAGCAUACCCGGACUUUGCUUUGGAUAAUGGGAUCAUCAAACAGGCAGAGCACAAAAGUAUCAGCGAAAUGGUUCCUGCUUGUGAACAAGCAAUCAAGCAGUGUGGUACUGAUGGUAAAGAUUCUUGCUUGAAUGCGUACUUUGCUUGCACCAACAUCUUCAACAAAAUCAUGGACUAUGCAGGAGAUACAAACUACUAUGACAUCAGGAAGAAGUGUGAGACCAGCUUGUGUUAUGACUUUUCGAAUAUGGAGACAUUACUGAAUCAGAAAUCAGUAAGAAAAGCCCUUGGUGUUGGGGACAUUGACUUCGUAUCAUGUAGUACCGAGGUUUAUGAUGCCAUGCAAAUGGACUGGAUGAGGAAUCUCGAAGUUGGUAUCCCUGCCCUUUUGGAGGAUGGAAUCAAGUUGCUGGUUUAUGCUGGGGAGUAUGAUCUGAUAUGCAACUGGCUUGGGAACUCUAGGUGGGUGCAUGCCGUGGAAUGGUCUGGACAGAAAGAUUUUACAGCAGCUCCUACUGUAUCCUUCACUGUUGAUAACAAAGAAGCAGGACAAAUGAAAAGUCAUGGUUCCCUUGCUUUCCUCAAGGUGCAUGAUGCUGGACACAUGGUCCCAAUGGACCAGCCUAAGGCUGCUCUAGAGAUGCUCAAGAGGUGGACUAAAGGUACUCUGGCUUCAGCAGAUAUUACAGAUAAGAUUUCACCCGUUUGAUACUCUGCCCGUUGCUGAUGGGUCAGAAGCACUUGUAGUAAAAUCAAACGUACAGUCUGAUAUGAACGAGCUACUACUUUGACCCAUAUAGACAUCAGUGUGCAGUACCUAAGAUCUUAUGUAGGCAUGAAUUUUCAAGUUAAUUCUUUUUAAGCAUACAAAUAAAUUAUACUACCCUGUGUUCCA